AUGGAUCUCCUGUGGGUGCUGUCGGUGUCCAUGCUGACGGUGUGCGUUGCCAUCCCCAUGGAUGCCGUGGCGGGGAGCCACAGUCUGUUCACCUGUGAGCCCAUCACCCUGCGCAUGUGUCAGGGGCUGCCCUACAACUCCACCUUCAUGCCCAACAUACUGAACCAUUACGACCAGCAAACUGCCGCUCUCGCCAUGGAGCCCUUCCAUCCCAUGGUGAACCUGCAGUGCUCCUCAGAGCUCAGGAUGUUCCUUUGUGCGCUCUAUGCUCCGGUGUGUACAGAGUACGGGCGGAUGACUCUGCCCUGCCGCCGCCUCUGUCUGCAGGCCAAGAGCGACUGCUACAAACUAAUGGACAUGUUUGGUGUCAGCUGGCCGGAGGAGAUGGACUGCAACAGGUUCCCAGACUGUGAUGAGCCUUACCCCCGUCCUGUAGACCUCCUGUCCAGCUCAGACACAACCGAAUCCCCCAUCGCCGUCCAGAGGGAUUACGGCUUCUGGUGUCCACGCGAGCUCAAGAUUGACCCUGAACUCGGCUACUCUUUCAUGGGGGUUCGGGACUGCUCACCCCCCUGUCCCAACAUGUACUUCACACGGGAGGAGCUGACGUUCGCCCGCUACUUCAUCGGAGUGGUGUCCAUCGUCUGCCUGUCUGCCACUCUUUUCACCUUCCUGACUUUUCUCAUCGACGUGUCGCGAUUCCGCUACCCAGAGCGUCCGAUUAUUUUUUAUGCCGUGUGCUACAUGAUGGUGUCCCUGGUGUUCUUCCUGGGGUUUCUGUUGGAGGACAAAGUUUCCUGUAAUGCAGCGAUUCCUGGGAGGUUUAGGGCUUCGACGGUGACUCAAGGCUCCCAUAACAAGGCCUGCACUCUUCUCUUUAUGGUGCUAUAUUUCUUCACCAUGGCCGGAAGUGUCUGGUGGGUCAUUCUGACCAUCACCUGGUUCCUGGCUGCUGUUCCCAAGUGGGGCAGUGAGGCUAUAGAGAAGAAGGCUCUCCUCUUCCAUGCCUGUGCUUGGGGCGUCCCUGGUGUCCUCACCGUCACUCUGCUCGCCAUGAACAAGAUUGAGGGGGACAGUGUCAGUGGUGUUUGUUUUGUGGGACUCUACAACUUGACGGCACUGCGCUGGUUCCUACUGGUCCCACUGGGACUGGACGUGGUGGUUGGCGUGGCGUUGCUUCUGGCGGGCAUAGCAGCACUAAACCGAGUCCGCAUGGAGAUCCCGUUGGAGAAGGAGAACCAGGAGAAACUGGUCAAGUUCAUGAUUCGUAUCGGUGUGUUCUCCGUGCUCUACCUGGUCCCUUUGCUGACCGUUCUGGCUUGCUACCUUUAUGAGAACAGCUACAGGACUGUCUGGGAGACGACCUGGGUGCAGGAGAGGUGUAGAGACUACCACAUCCCCUGCCCCUACCAGGUGGAAAGCACCAGUCGUCCUGACCUGGCUUUGUUCCUCAUCAAGUACCUGAUGAUGCUGAUCAUAGGGAUCCCCUCUGUGUUCUGGGUGGGCAGUAAGAAGACCUGCUUCGAGUGGGCCAGCUUCUUCCACGGCAAGAGACGCAAAGACGGGAUGGUCAACGAGAGCCGAGAGGUGCUCCAGGAGCCGGACUUCGCCCAGCUGCUGCUCAGGGACCCCAACACGCCCAUCGUGAGGAAGUCACGGGGCACGUCCACCCAGGGCACCUCCACCCACGCCUCCUCUACCCACCUGGCCAUGCUGGAUGAACCGCCCAGUGCCAGUACCAGCCGGGCUGGCUCAGUUCGCAGCGCACGCUCCAAGAUGAGCAGCUACCACGGCAGCCUGCACCGCUCCAGAGAUGGCAGAUAUACGGCCUCCAGCUUCCGAGCCGCUGAUGACCGACUGCCCUACGGCAGCAUGCCUCGCCUCAACGACCAAACACAGUCCAGGCACUGCAGCACCAACCGCCUGGACAGCCUGUCACGGCACGGCUCCACCCAGCGACUGGAGAGCCAAUCGCGGCACAGCAGCAUCCGGGACCUGAGCAGUGCCACCCAAGCUGUUCUCGGCGUCCCUGGAAACGGGAUUCACAGAGUCCUGGAGGAGGACGGAGCUACAGCCUGAACAUUAAUCCCCCUUCUCCUGGACACUGGUGAAGAAGAUGUGACUGAAAGGUCGAAGUAAAAGUAGAAAAGAUGAAGAAUGUGUGAGGACGCAGAGCAGCAGCCGCUGUGACGUCCACGCCUGUUGAAUUUGGGAGCUCCGAGCUGCAGCAGGACCAUGGUGCUUCAGUUUACAGUUGAAGUGAGACGGACGAGGGGACUGAGCGUGGACUGAUGCCUUAAAAUGUUCUCUCUGCUUUACCUGACCCAGCAGCUGAUCCCAAAAACUGAAAUCCACCAUGAUCUUCUGUCCAGUUUACCAACAAAAUUUGUGGUGCUGAUGUUUUUGAUGUCUGGAUGGUCCAAACUGGAAAAUGACAACAAAGCUUCACUGGACCAACUCUACUGAACCAGUAAAGAACAACAUGUGGUCGACACUAACGGACUAAACUGGACUGGUUUUUACUUGUCCUGUAGUUGUUUGUAUAAAAGACUCUUAACAAGACCUGAACACUGAGACUUUACAAGCCUUCUCCUCUAGUCUGUGCUGUUGAGCACUGAGGAAGGUGGAAGCAGGGUAUUUUUUUUUUUUUUUUAGAUUUUACUUUUUACCUAUUUUGCACCUCUUCAGUUUCUGACAUCAGAAUUAUUUUUCAGUUUCAUAUUUCUAAAAUUCUGGUAACUUAACCUGCUAAAACCUCUAUUUAUAAAGGCAAAUUGUUUUCACACCUGAUUAGAAACUCCACAUGAAGAGGAACAACGUUAGCUGGAAGUUUAGGGAACCAACAUCUGAGUGUGGAUCUUUGCCUUAAAUUUUCCUCUCAGCUUUACCUGA